UCUUCUCUCAUUUUUCCACCAAAAUUCCUCCAAAAAAAAAAAAAAAAAAAAAACCCAAAGAAAAAAAGAAAAAAAGAAAAAAAAAAGAGAAAAUUUUGUAAUUCCCACACACCCAAAUGGAAGCUCCUGAAUAUUUCCAGAUCAAUGGGUACUGUUCCCAAUUCUCAACGCACUCCUCCUCCGACACCGACACUACCACCGCCACCGCCACUGCCGGACCGGAGCAUUUCAUCGUGGAAGAGCUUCUGGAUUUCUCCAACGACGAUGACGGCGUAGUUGGCGACGGUGGAGGAUUGUUUUACAAUACUAACAAUGGGAAUAAUAAUAACAAUAAUUCAACGGAAUCUUCCGCCGUUACGGUGAUUGAGAGUUGCAAUUCGUCGUCGUUUUCAGGUUGUGAACCAAACUCGUCGUUUUUGGAAGACAUUAGUGGCUCUAAUUUAGCCGACGCUCAUUUCUCCAGCGAACUCUGCGUUCCGUACGACGAUUUAGCUGAGUUGGAAUGGCUUUCACAUUUCGUAGAGGAAUCAUUUUCCAGUGAGGACAUGCAAAAGUUGGAACUAAUCUCCGGAGUCAAAGUCAGAUCAGACGAACCCACCAAUUCCCGACAACCCACCGCCACCCGAAACGCCGCCGCAAUUUUCAAACCCGAUAUCGUUUCGGUUCCGGCAAAAGCCCGUAGCAAACGCUCACGCGCCGUCCCAUCCAAUUGGAACAACUCCCGCCUCCUUCCUCUUUCUCCAACCACCGAACCCGAAAUUACCGCCACAGCCGGACCACCCCACCCCAUAAAAAAAAACCCUCCCAAGGCCGCGACAGCCAAGAAGAAGGACAGCCCGGAGGUCGGAGUGUCAUCCGGCGAGGGGCGGAAGUGCAUGCACUGCGCCACCGACAAGACGCCGCAGUGGCGGACCGGCCCAAUGGGCCCGAAAACGCUGUGUAACGCUUGCGGCGUUCGCUACAAAUCCGGUCGCCUGGUGCCGGAGUACCGCCCCGCCGCUAGCCCCACCUUCGUUUUAACCAAACACUCCAAUUCUCACCGGAAAGUUUUGGAGCUCCGGCGGCAGAAGGAGCUUCUUAGAGCCCAACAACAGCAACAACAACAUUUGCUUUUGGAUCAUCAUCAAGAUAUGAUCUUUGAUGCAUCCAACGGUGAUGAUUAUCUCAUUCAUCAACAUAUGGGCCCUGAUUUCCGGCAGCUGAUCUGACCGCCGCCCGCCGCCGCUAGGGGUAGAGUUCGGCCAAUCUGAUUCAUUUUGGGUUUUUUCCCCCUGAAAUUUUUA